AUGAGGCAAAUACUGUGGGUGUUGAUGCUGGUCAUGAUGACUUUGGCUUUGCUAAAUAUUGAGCAGUAUCAUUGUUGUUUGGAGGAAGAAAGGACUGGUCUCUUGGAGAUAAAAGCUUGGAUCAAUCACCCCGAUGGCAGUUCCUUGCCAGACUGGGUGGAAAAUACAGACACCGACUGCUGCAAGUGGAAUGGGGUUCAGUGUGACAGCACUACAAAUCGAGUCACCAAACUCAAUCUUUUUAAUGAAAGGGAAGAUCGGAGGAUAGGGGAUUUGUAUCUCAAUGCAUCUUUGUUUUUACCUUUCAAAGAAUUAAAGAGUCUUGGAUUAGGCUCGAGCGGAUUAGUUGGUUGCUCAGAGAAUCAAGGUUUCGAAGUCCUAGCAUCAGAGUUGAAGAAACUGGAGAAACUUGACUUGAGUGGGAAUACAUUUAACGACAGCAUUUUAUCAUCUCUGCAAGGACUUUCAUCUCUCAAGAUUUUAAACCUAAGAAGUACUAAGCUGACUACAAUAUCAACCGGUAAAGUUGUCAAUCAUACCUCAAAUGGCAUCCUUUAG